GCUACGUCGUAGCCAUAGCAACACCCUGAGCACGUCUCAUACCAGGAGAAAAUCAGUCAAAAUUUCGAGUAUUUUGUGAUUAUUUUCGCCUUCAUUCCAAACGAGACUAUUCACUAUGGGAACAACCAGCAAACCCUGAUCAGAAGACCUUAGAGACCUACUGGUGACAUAGGGCUGCAGUAGAUCUCUAAUGCAGGAGACAAGGAGAGAUCUAUGGAGGCAGAGCAGGAGGAGGAGGAGGAGGAGGAGAUGAAAACGAUUCUUUACUGUCCUCCGAUCUACCCGCUGCCUAAUGAGAUAAAAAAGAUGGAGCGCAGUGAGACAGUGUGUAGCUACUGUGGUGUAAGCUACCUCAUUUUUCACGAGUUCCAUCAGCUCCGCACCCGAUUGGCUCAGUUGGAGGCUGAGCUCCAGGAACUGGGAGAGACCGUCCAGAGAGAGAAGGCCCAGCGAGAGGCACUGGAGCUGGGCAGGCUGGAAUGGGAGAGGUCACUUCAACUGGAAGUUCAGAGAAAGGCAGAAGAGAAAGAGAAAAGCAUGAAAGAAGAGCUGAGAGAAAAGAACAUAGAGGCAGAAAGAGCUCUGAGAGAGGAAUUCGAACAAAAGAACGAGAGGAAGAGGAAAGAGAUGGAAGAGCAAUAUCAGAAAAUCAGCGAAGAUAAAGAGAGACAACUUAGAAGAGAGCUCGGAGACUUGGAGGUGGAGAGACUGAGGAAGCAGCAAGAAGAGCUGGAGAGGAGGACCGGGGUGAGAGAGAAAGUUCUGAGUGACGCACUUCAAAAGGCCAAUAAAAACUCAGAUGAGCUGAGAAAAUACCUCCAACAGCUGGAAGAGAGGGUGGCGAUAGCAGCUUCCACGAAGGAGGAGGCGGAACGGUUACUUAGAAAAGAGAAGCAGCAAGGUGAAAUUCUCAGAGGUGUGUGUGCCCAGCAGCAGCAGGCCCUGCGAAAGACUCGCUCUGUGCUCCUCUCCUCUGGCAGUGAGCUCACACAUAUACGGGGUUUCCACAGCCAGCUGAUGGGGGCCUGGCAGGUCUUCAGAUGUCAGAUACUGCAGCACAGCACACAGGUGUUCUCAGUGCUGAGAGACGAGCUGAAGCAUUCCAGUGUGGAGUUUCAGAAAAUGAGAGAAGAGAAGGAGCAUCUAACUCAGCAGCUGAUGGAGCAGAGGAGAGAGAGAGAGAUGCAGCUGUGCCAACAAGAAGACUCUGAGAGGCAGCAUAGAGAAAUACUCAGGUUAAAAGGGGAGUUGGAGGAGAAACAUGAGAGGUGGUUGUCAUGCCAACGAAGGUGUGCCACUGUGCAGGAGCAGCUGUCGUCAUGGCAACACAGAGAGGAACAAAUGAACCGGAAGUACUGCGCAGCUGAAGAGGAAGUGACAAUACUGCGGGAAGAUUUGGAGAAGGUCCGGCAGGAAACGAAAGAGCUGAGGGGAGAAAGGGAGAUAUUGAUAGAGUCUCAUGGCAGAGCUCUGACCAAGAUGGAGGAGGACUACAGACAGCAACUGGCCUCAAAGCUGGCUGCUGCCCUGGAGAAGGAGCGAACCCAGAAUGCAUUGCACCUGAGGGAGCAGCUGGAGGAGCAUCGCAGGGAGGUGGAGCUGGAGCUGACGAUUGACAGGGAGAAGAGCCAGUUGUUGCUUCUGCAGUACCAGCGAGACAGCACACAACUCCAGCAGAAGCUUGAGGAGAGAGAGCGGGAGGUACGAGCGCUGCAAGAGGAGCAGCUGGAGGAGAGGAGGCGCAGGGACGAAGAGAGGAGGACACAAGACAAGGAGAGGAGGAGGAGAGAGGAGGAGAUACACCAGGACCUGCUGCGCUCCCAACAGCAGGAGGCACUACAGCUGAGCCAAGCUAAAGCUGAACUACAGCAGAUGACUGAGAGGAAUGCUAAACUAGAAGAAGAGGUGGCGUUACUCCAAGAGACAGUAAGAAGGGAGUGUGAGGAGAGGGAGGAGCUGACUGCAGCUCUGUCUCAAGCUCAGCAGGAGCUCCACGGGCUGCGAUCCCCAGCGUCUCAUCAAGGCUCCUCCAAAUCCCCCGCACAACCCCCGGAGAGACACACACCCUCAGGGAACAAGCAUUUCCAUCUGCAUAGUAGUCAAGCCCGGGUACCCCUCACUCGCUCCUCAACCUCCCCAAACACACUUCGACCUUCCCCUGCCUGCACAGAUAAAGACAGAGGCCGGGGCGCAGAUGGAGGAGGAGCAGGGAGGAGUUUGGAGUCCUGGAAUGGCAGUGGGGUGUUAGGAGGUGAGAAAAGGCGAGAGGGGACGCUGCCCAGGCUGAAAGCAGGCAGCACAGUGAGUGAAGUCAAACAGAAGGUCAAUUUAGUGAUUGGGAGGAAGGAGACACUUUAAAAAGCAAUCUGAAUGAAGGACGGUAUUUUUAUGAAACAGUUGUUGCACUUUCCAAAAUAAAACAUAUUUUAAUGCUGUUUUGAAAUAGUAUUUUAUAUUAAUACUAUCAUUUUAAUAGUAUUUUUAAUAUUCCCCUAAAAUGUAAUAAUACACACCUUUUACUUUGCCUCACACACCAGUUUCCUGACUUUAAAAGACACACACAGACAUAUGUACACACUAGCACACACCUAAUGCGCAAAACACGACUGCUGAGUCCUGUUCGUACACCAGCAAACUCCCAGGACACACACUCUCCGACAGACAUGCACUUGUUUUCUCACAACCCGACUCACGAAGUCUCACUGGCACGCACAGGAUUUCACAGACAAACACCCACGCACGCACAUAGUAUCUACACACACACACACACACACACAGAUACACGCAAACACACAGUGUGUCACAAGGGCAGGGCUGAAGGAGCAUGACAGCGUGUCCCUUGCCACCCGUGGACACAAACAAAAGGCAGGCAAACACAAAAGAAACUGUAAGGCAAGCACCCCCAGAUACACACACAUACACACACACACACACACACACACACACACACACACCAAUUACCCAACCCUCUCCCCUCAGGCUUUGUGUGUUAUUGACAUCAUUCACUCCGUGCAAGGUCUUUCCAUCCCUCCCUCCCUCUCUCUCCCUUCCUCUCCCUCUACAUUUGGGAUGAAUUGGCAUAAUGGGAGAAAUGCGUGAAGUGUGUGUGUGUGUGUGUGUGUGGCACGUAACUAAUUUCCCUGCUUACUGCCACACAUGGAAAGCUUUUCGGUGUGACUUCCCCGUGCCCCGCUCUCCCAGUCCAUCUGCGAGAUGCUGCGCACGUGCAUGUCGUUCACUCAGAAAGGUGGCAUGAUAAUGAUUUUGUCCUGCCAGUGUUUCCUCUGUUUGCCAGAACACACACAUAUGGUUUAUCUGCUCAGUCCGUGCGGAGAGGACGUUCUGAAAUACUGAACAAUGAACAUCAUGUGCCAUUAAAACUUCAUUUUCUACCUCCUCUGUUUUUGUCAAAGGAUUAAAUGGAACAUUUCCUUACUGCACUCAGCGAACUGGUUCAUGUUUUUUCCUCAAGUUGACGAUCACAGAUUCCCAAUAAAGAAAUUAAGAUUUUUAAUAUGAUUACCUAAUAAAGUUACGGUUAUUUUAUAAAUGUGUUAUUUUUGACUUAGGUGACUUCACUCGGGGUUUUUUUUUAAAGUGCCCCUUUAUAACAAACAAUACACUCUCCCUUGAUGUGAAUAACGUGGCAAAUUCAUUUUGUACUUUGCAGCUGACUUCUUGUUGCCUUCCUGUGUUUGAGUGUGUGAUUGUGUGUGGCCUUGUGUGUGUUUACUCAUCGCAUGAGACGUUGCCACGCGUACGUGUCUCCGGUGAGUGAU